CCGGCGGGGUGGCCGCUGCCCACCCUGUACUGCACCCCUGCCCCGGCGAGUGCCCUGCCCUCGCGAGCCACUGCCCUGCGAGUGCAGCUGCUUUUCGCCCUGCGGCAGCGGGGGCUGCACGUGCUGGAGGCCGGGCUGGCAGCCGAGCUGCGCGAUGCGCUGGCGGCCCUGCGCGAUGAGUGGCCCCGGCUGGCCCAGGAGCUGGCGCUGGGCAGGCUGAGCCCCCAGCCCGGGCUGCCUGAGGAGGUGCGGAGCCAGCUGCAGGCACUGCUGACCCCCGACCCUGCCCGGGCGGCUGAGCUCCGCGCUGAGUGUGCCCGUGGCUUCGAGGGCAUCGUGCGGCGCCUGUGGCCGCAGCUGGAGGUGGUGGUGGUGGGGUCAGCACAUAGCACAGAGCGACUCUACUGCGAUGCCCUCCUCCAGGCUGACUGCCAGGGGCUGCCCAUCUACUGCCCCUUCUACCAGGCAGUGGGAGCCCUGCUUGGUGUGAACCUGUGGCCAGAAGAGCCAGUGCCCCAAUUCCUGCUUUGCCCUGGCUGGGCUUUCUUCGAGUUCCUGCCCUGCCCUGCAGAGGAGGAGCCACGGACGAUGCUGUUGGAUGAGCUCUGGGAGGGACGAGAGUAUGGGCUGGUUGUGACAGCCCAGCCAGGAGAGUACAGGUGCUGUGCUGGGGAGGUGCUGAGGGUGGCUGGCUUCCACAAGCAGUGUCCUGUGGUGGAACCUGUGCGGAGGGAGAGCCAGACACUGAGUGUGCGGGGUGAGAGCAUACCUGAGGAGCGGUUCUGCCAGACCCUGUCCCGCGCCUUGGGCAUGUGGCCGGGUGCUCGCCUGAUUGACUAUGUCUGUGUGGAGAGUAGCCUGCUGGGUGACUCUUCGGGGCCCUGCGCCCCCCACUACGAGGUGUUCGUGGAGCUGCAGGGCCUGCGGGACCUGUCGGAGGGGCAGCGCUACAAGCUGGACCAGUGUCUCCAAGAGGAUUUCCUUGUCUACAAGUCCUUCCGCUUCAAGGGCAGCAUUGGGCCCCUGCGCCUGCACCUGGUGAGGGCUGGAGCCUUCACCCGGCUGCGGGAGGCACUGGGCUCCCCUGUGCCCAUGCCCAGGGUCCUGCGGGAGGAGCGGCUGCUGCAGCUCAUUCAGGGCUCUGUCAUCUCCUAGGGCAACCCAGGGGUCCCGCAGCCCACCCACCCUGGGGUUCACUUGGUGUGCACUCUCCAGGAGGGAGUGGGGCCAUGUCCCUGGUGCGGGAGGUGUGGGGACAAGGGUGCCCAGCUCCAGGGGUUUGACUGAAUGGAGUGGAUGGAGACAGUGAGCUUGACCAAGCCUCUGCUCCCUGCUCAGUGCUGCUGUGGGGAUGGAGUGGACACUUGGGAGUGUCAUGGGGCAGCGGGGUUCUGCAGCCACUGGAUAUGCUCACUCAGUGCCUUGGAGUGCCUGCAGCCACAGUGAAAUG